UAUUCGCGGAGAAAAGGAGUCCGCAGCGGUGCGGAGAAGGUCAGGAAGGUGUUGUUCAGCCACGAGUCCAGGAUUCUCACCCCCGGAGGCGGUACCAUCUCGCCCGGGGGCGCGGGGCCACCCGCGAGCCCAUCGCCGGGGCACUAUCAUCCCCCUGCGCACAGUCCACCCCUGGUCAAGAUUGGAGCGGUCCACGCCCACCAGCCGAACAAUAACCACCACCAGCACCAUCAGCAGCAACAGCAGCAACAGCAACAACAGCCGUCGAGUCAACCGCAGGUGCCGGGUGCUGGCGCGGGAGCGGCCGGCGGGCCGGGGGGCGGCGCGGGGGUGGCCAGGGCUGGAGGCAUGUUCUGCUACCACUGCCCCCCGGGCCUCCCAGCGCCGCGAUUACCGCCGUCCCUGGAGUAUCCUUUCGCCCCGACUCACCCCUAUACCAGUUAUUCCGCCUAUCACCCAGCACUGCACGGAGUUGGCGAGGAUUCCUUCGUGAGGAGGAAGCAACGGCGGAACAGGACGACUUUCACCCUCCAACAACUGGAGGAACUCGAGUCUGCCUUCGCGCAAACUCACUACCCGGACGUCUUUACAAGGGAAGAUUUGGCCAUGAAGAUUAAUCUUACGGAGGCUAGAGUACAGGUAUGGUUCCAAAACCGCCGAGCGAAAUGGCGUAAGAGCGAGCGUCUGAAGGAGGAGCAACGCAAACGCGAGGGCGGUGGCGGCAACGGCAGCGGCGGCGGUGGCAGCGGCAGCGGCGGCGGCGGCGGCGGUAACGUAGAAUCCUCCGCUCUGACCGCGCCGACGUCCUCGUCGGCGGGCCCGAGUCCCACGGGGAACGAUCCGGAGGGCACGACGACGAGCAGCAGCGCCGCUGAUACGGAGGACGCCGUGGCCGAGGGCGCCGGCGGCGGCAACGGCGGCGGCUCCAGGAGUCCCAGCACCACUUCCGCUUCGGUCAGUCCGCGGCCCCAGCCGAGUCAGCCGUCCCUGGGUGGCGUCUCGACGCCACCACCGACCCCCAUAAGGGCGCCACCCCCACCACCGUGCACCGUAGGGGGCCUCGGACCGCCCGCCGAGAGUACUACAGGGAUAGGCGCAGGUUUCAGGCCGGUGGAACCGCCGACGUCCCUCUUUUUCUCGCCCCAUCUGGCCGCCCAGUUCUCACCGCCGCUAUUCAGCAACAAAGUCGUCAGUAGCGCGUCGACGUCAUUGACUUCUACGACACCAUCGCUGUGGACCACUAGCGACCAUCGUGGUAGUCUCCAGGAGAUGCUGUCGUGGUCGCCGACCGGGUGGCCCGGUUCUAUCUGUGGCUGUUGCAAGCCCGGCGGCACGGAUCUUCAUCGGAGCAACAGCCUAGCUGAACUUCGGAGAAAAGCUCAGGAGCACUCGACCGCCUCGGCCCUCCUCGGUGGCCUCGCCGGCUUUCCUGGCGGCCUGCCCCUACCCCUACCCCUGCCGCUGUUACCGCCACUGUUGGGUCUCUCUAGGCGACCGGAACAUCAUCAUCAUCACCACCUGCCCGGCGUGGUGCACCAGAUACAACCUACCACGAAGGAGGAUCCCUAGGAUCUCCUCGACGAAUGCCGCGAUCGUCUCGUGGACGCGGCGUAAACCCGGAAGGGAUGUCCCGCGCGUAUCGGGUGGUUGCAAGUUGAGGUUUGAAAGCGGUAGAAUGAUCACGGUGAGUUCGGAUUUCAAUGCUGUAGAGACAUAGAUGUGUUUCUUUGUCUAAAAAUUAUAAAUUCAAAUUUUUUCUGUACCUUCUCCGAGCGAAUAUUAUUGGCAGAAAUAGCAAAUUCUUAUUAUUCUUUAAAUUUGUGUACUUUUCUUAAUCGUGAAUUUAAUGAUUGAAAUCGUAGAUUGGUUUCAGAUUUUUCCUACAAACUGAACUCAACGUGAUUAUACUGCUCUCAAUCUUUAGUUCCAAGUGCUUUCCUUAUCACGAUUACAUUUUAGUCGUACUGUAUUUUUUGAACAGAAGAAACUUCUUUGAGUUUCGGCGUUGUGAUAGUUCAGGCCGGUGAUGAGUGCAAAGGAUCUUUACUCGGGAAAAUGACGAAGAAUGAACGAACCACAAUGCCACGAGACGAUAAUUUUGCUCGGUAAGACGGCUUGUGCAAACAUUGCAAACUGUAUUCAAAUACUGUCAUCGAUUGCGACUCGUUGAAAUAAGCACGGCGCGAAUUCUUGCGCAAUCUCAAAUUGUGCCGAAACUUGUUUUAGCUUACACAUGAUUUGUUAAUUCUCAGAAGAAAGACACUUCCGUGUAGAGCAAAUUUGACAAUCAACUCCAUUUUUAUUUACAUACAAAACAACAGGAUUGAUUGUAUAAAGAUUUAUAAAAUAUUUUAUAGUUUACAGUUUUUUCUUCGUGGAAGUUGCAAUAUUUAAAUUUACCGGUUGUAAUUGUUUUCGAUUACUCUAGAUAUCUCUUGAUAUUUUACCUUUCUUGAUUUGAUAAAAAUGGGAAACAAACGCAAGUACCAUUAAUACUCGUUGAAUAUGCAAUAAACUGUUGAAUAAUGCAGCACUAUCAAUUUGCAGAUUACUUUGUUAUAACCAUGGAUGAUGUAAAUAGGCGGCGUGCAUUACAAUAAUCUUCAGUAGUAUUCACAGAUAAACCUUUUUCUCACAUAUGUAAUCAAUGAUAAUGUCCAAACCUCUAUUCUAUGCAGAGUGCUAUUUUAUUUAUUGUCUCUCAACUCACGAUCCAAACACAUUUAUAUUAUCACUACUAUCUCUAACGUAAAUCGUUAAGUUUCAGAGAUAACGUAACGAAGUUACGUACGAAUUCGUUAUUUCCAGCGAAGAAAAAUUUCCGAAGAAUUCCACGGCAGGAAGAAGCUAGAUUUCGAUCUUGAAUUUGCAAUGCUAAAAACGUCGCGAGAUACGUUUGUACAUAAUGAAAAUAACGGCAGUGAGAAUGGGAACGACACUCGCGGACGUGUCGAAGCUAAAUCACAAGAUGUGUAGCAAAGUGUUUACAAAUGGUUUCGUUUCCUUCCACGCGAGUAAGAAGACGCGACGGACCAACACGUGCCUGAUGCGCUGUAUAUUCAAUUGCUCGACACGCUCGACCAGUCGAUUCGUUCAAGCCACGCGGUCGGGCUCGAGCGUGCAUUCAUUGUAACAUUCCUAUACAAGGCGGGUAUUGAAACCAGUAUAAUCUCGAUUCAGAUUUU